ACCAGCAAGUGUUGUAUUCUAGUUUAUUUCAGUGAGCUGCCAGGCGAGGAGAGUGGAGAAAGAAGUACGACAGGAGCUCCAUCGCCAGGAUAAAAACUCGCAGGAACAUGCCGUUCCGCUCCCUACUUACAUCUCCCGAAAGGCCUGUGAGUGUCUGAAAGCCACCCACCGUCUCUUCGGAAGAAUCCCCCGCCGCCGACCCGCUCCGGCCAGGCAAUGACAGCGGCCUCGGCAACACCGCAGCAGUUGAGAGACCGGCUGCUGCAGGCCGUUGAUGGCCAGAGCAACCAGAUCCGUAACAUGGUGGCAGUAAUGGAAGUAAUCUCCAGUUUGGAGAAAUAUCCUAUCACCAAAGAAGCACUUGAGGAAACUCGACUAGGGAAGCUCAUCAACGAUGUAAGGAAAAAGACCAGCAAUGAUGAUCUUGCCAAGCGUGCAAAGAAGCUGCUGCGGAAUUGGCAGAAACUUAUCGAGCCCGGUCAGAACGAAACAGUGCCAAAAGGGGCGCCUGGCAUGCCGGGCUCUGCUAACGGGGGAGCACACCCAUGCAGGCAGGAUAUCUCACCUCCCAAUGCCACGACAGUGUCCAAACCAGUGCAGGAACUGAGAAACAGAAAUGACAUUCAAAACACAUACUCUCCCAAAGUGGAGAAAUUGGGGAACCGCAAACGAAAGGGAGAGCAAAGAGACAGUCCCCUUCUGCUGAAAAUGUCCAAAUCCAACUAUGAACAGAUCCAGAAUUUUACUCCUCCCCCUACCAACGGUAUCAGUGGCAGUCCGGAGCCUUUUCCCAGUCCUCUGGAUGCCAACACACUUUCUGAGAGGACCAGGUUGGAACAUCAGGAGAAUGAUAAACACAAUAAAAUCCCAGUCAAUGCUGUGAAACCUCACACCAGCUCCCCAGGACUUGUGAAACUGCCAAGCACUUCCUCUUUGCUCAAGACUGCCGUAUUGCAGCAGCAUGCAAAAAAGGAUGAAGGAGGAGGGCAAUACCAGCCUAAAAGCCCACGAUGCCCCUCUUUCAGUCCUAGAAGUAUUAAACAAGACACUCUGACUAAGCGGCCGACCACGUAUGCACCUAAAGGUACUGUUUCAAGCCCAUCUCGAGGAUCUAAAUUCCUGGAUACCUUACAUGUGCCAUCCCCACAGCCUUUACCUUCUCAGCCUUCAACUCCCCCUAUUCCAGUGACAAUGAAUGAGGUACACGAGACUCUGGCAUCUGAGCAUUGGCCUGGGAGGAUGGAUCUUGAUGCUCAUCAUCUGUACAACACCCCACAUGAAUCCCCACACGGCUCCAAAAUAUCCCAUAACCUGGAAUAUACAAUUCCUCAAAGUCUUUCCUCUGAAAGAAUGGACAGCGAUAAUGCAGCUUCAGGCUCUGACGGGAAAAGGAAGAAGAAAUACAGAUCCAGAGACUACACUGUAAACUUGGAUGGACAGCAGGUUGUAGAAGAGAGCACAAAACCAGUCAGGUUAAAAGAACGGAAGCUUACCUUUGACCCGGUUACGGGCCAGAUCAAGCAUUCAACGCAAAAGGAUUCUUUCCAGGUGGAAGAAUCACUCCCGCCACCACCACCGGCCCCACAGCCGGAGCCGCCCAGGACAGAACCGACUAAGCAGGAGCCCAACGCCCUCCUGCCCAGUCCCUUUCAACAGACAAACUGGAAAGAGCUGUCGAGAAACGAAAUCAUUCAAUCAUACCUGAACAGACAAAGCAGUCUGCUCUCUUCGUCCGGGACGCAGACUCCCGGUGCCCACUUUUUCAUGACAGAAUAUUUGAAGCAGGAGGAGCAUAACAUUAAAGAAUCUCGAAAGACUCACGUUUUAGUACCAAACAGCUCCCACGACUUCCCUGGGGCUAGUCGGGAGGUCACGCAGGAGGACCUCCUUAGAAUACACCAGCAGAACUGGCCUGGCGUCAAUGGCUGUUCUGAUACGAAAGAAAUAAAGCCCUUCCAGGGUUACAGGCUGCAUGCCCAAGAGGAAGUGAGCCUUGCGGCACGCCAAGGCCGACAGCAAAGGGUAUGGAGGGGCCGCUCUGUACAAGUCGGAUACAAACCCCUCUGUGAUGUGUUGCUGCCAACUUCCUAAACUACAAACAGGGUUACAAUGGCUUUGGAAAUAGGAGUUGGUCGAGCCAGUUCUGAAAAAAGGAAUCUAGCCUGCAAGUUAGGUGGGGGAAAAAACUCAAGAAUUGUGAAAUCAGUAGUAUGGCAGGUAAAGCUUUACGUCAAAAUGAAUAAAGAAGUUACCAUAACAAGAAUGCAUCUAUUUAUUGAUUUUUUUAUUUUUUUUUAAUUUUAUUUGGUGGUGAUGUUUUUUGAGUUUAUACAAGAAAUGUGCAAAAACUGUAGAGCUGUUUGCAUCAUGCAACCUCUGACAUACUCAGCAAUAUGAAGGGGCCCCAACAUUCCAUACAGCUCCCUACACACACAUCGUUUUUACAAACUUAACAAAACAAGUGGU